AUGGCGCUGUUAAUGCAGCCACUUGGAGGUUUGAACACGAUGGAAUCCAAGGAAACUCCAAAAGAUGAAGAAAUACAACCCAAAAGUCGUACGAGCAAAAGGGCUGGUCGUAUGAAGAGCCUUUCUGUUCAGCAGAAGAGCAGCUCGGAACAAAAGAGCCUGGAAGGCACCGGCACCCUCAAAUCAGAAUGGUCGAAGAGGGAGAGCACCUUCAUCGAAUCCGCGGAAGCAGAGGGCAACCCCAGGGACAUCCUGAAUUCCAGGGUCGAAGAACUGGAACAACAACUCAAAGAAACAGAGGAACGGUAUAAACAGCUGACAGAAGAAACUCGUUGCGCCAAAGAACUGUAUGAGGCUGAGAAAGGGGAGUGCGAAGAUGUAGUUUUCGUGGCCAGGAGGAACGUGAAGAGGCUGGUGAACCAAAUCCUCGAGCGGCAGCAGCGCAAGAGGGAGCUCGCCCUCAGCAUAGAAAAAGCCGAUCAGGACGCCAAGACGGAGGAGCGACAAAGGAGCCAGCAGAGGGCAUUAGAAGAGGAAACCCUCACUAGGAACGUGGUUUUAUUGCAGACAAAAUUGCUUAUUCUGGAAGGAAAACGUUACGAGAGAGACCGUCUUGUCAAGAAAAUACAAGAAGCAGAGAAAGAAGUGAGUGCCUUAGACAAAAGGCAUGAGGAGGCGAUGCUAAAAGCCCGAGAAGAAAUGAGGGCCAAAUAUGAAAGGUUACAUGCCACUCUGGUACCUUGCGUUCGUGCAUUGUCUGAAAGCGUGUGGGAACUGUCGCGCGCCCAGCAGUUCGCGUCCCUCAGCGAGCGCCAGAGGAGCAUUGUGGAGACACAGGGGCGUUACCGAAAAGUAGUGCAGCUCUCCCUGCAGCUACGGGACAAAAAGAAGAAAUUACGAGAGCAGAGAGACGCCCUGCACAGAGAGAUGCAAGUGGAAGUGUCACUAGCAAAAGCCCUUGCAGCUAGAGCUGAAGUAGCUAGACAGGAAAUUUUGACAGCUGUUGGCAAAAUGCAUCAUGAAACAAUAGAAGAAGAUGACAGAGAGCCUGUAGUUAACCGACGAGAAGAAUUCGAAGCCCUCAUCAAAGAACUGGAAAAUGAAGUAUUUCACAAAAAAGAUAUAAAGAAAGAGCUGAAAUUGAUCGCAAAGGACCAGGUAAAAUACAAAAGGACUCUGGACGAGGAAGAAAAGAAAAAGAAAAUGCUGCGAGAGAAACUGCUCAGCAUGGCGCAGGUGGCAGAGAUGGUACUUGGUAGAAAAGCCAAGACCCGAGAGUCAACAAUUUCCUCCUCGACCACUUCAGAACAGUCGGAAUUCCUGGAGAAGAUGUCCACCAUUCUCCUGGAGACAACAAAGGCGGAGGGUGAGCCAGAAUCCGAGAGAGAUUUCAGAGGCGAACGUGGAGUUCCAUACAUAAAGGGUCUCCUAGGUCUGGUUCCAAGAGACAGCCCCAGAGAAUUCCAUGAAGGUUCGGUUAGGACCGGAUCUAUUCUAACAUCAGGAUUGUAGUCUGGUUUAGUCAACAGAAGUAUCCAGGCAAUCAACAGAUGUCUUCUCCGGCAGAAAAAAAAAUGAAAAAUCCAUUCAUCCUUCACCUUUGGAAUUUAGAACAUUCAUUCUUUUUUUACUUGUAGCGCACUCUACCUAUUCAUUGAAUGAGUUAGGUUUUAAGACCUGAAAUGAAAAAUAUUGUAAAAUUGUCAGCACAUUAUUACCCCCCCCCAUCAAAUAAUGCUUUUCAUGCUUCAGGUCGGAUGUUUCCAUAGGAAGGAGGAUCGAACAGAAAGGAUCGAUUCAAAAGAAGGAUCGUCAAUUGGAAUGCAUAAAAAUUCAUCAAAUAACUGCUUUUCCGUGACGCAUGGCUUCCACGACUAGAGAGACUAGUCUCCUCGAAAUUUUCCCACACACUCUAAUAAAGAUAUUAUCUCCGUCCUUCCUAUAAAAUAGUGCACCUCGGGCAUGACCGUGAAAAUCAUGAGAACUCAAAUUUUUUAUUUCACAUACCUGUACAUGAAGGUUUUGUACUUCAUAGUAUAAAGAAAAAGACCGAGUUAGGCACCUUUUUAUCUACCAAAAUUUGAUACAAAACUAAAAUUCCAGAAAUGAGAUCGCAUUGACAAAUGACAUUUAUCUAGAGUUGUUUUUUGGAGUUAUCGUGUUUGCAUAGAAAUGAAUGCACAAAUCAACAAAUAGACAUUCCUUUCAAGGAUUUGUUUCAAAAUUUGAUAACAAUCUGCAAUUUAAAUGUUGAAAUUGAGAACUAAAUUUGAUACAUCUAGCUAUGCGUUUUGUAGAUAGUGCACUUGCAAUUGGAUACACAGAUGAUCUUCCAUGCAUGGAUUUCGUUGAAAUUUGAUAGAAAUCUGUAUUCAGUCCACAUUCCAAAUUUCGCCCAUCUAGCUCAAAUUGUUUUUGAAUUAAGUUCACAGACAAAUGUGAUGCCACAAAUGUGUUUUCCGGUUUCAGGAAAGUCAGGAAAAAAAAAAAGAUAUUCUGUAAUAUAUAAAAGAUAUUCUGUAAUUAAAGAUAUAAUAAAAGAUAUUCUGUACAGAUAUUCUGUAAUUUCUACUUAUUAGAAACAGGAAGCUUUGAAUAGGAAAAUAUUAAACAUUACCGCUGCCUACAGAGGAUGUAUUACAGUUUCGAGUCAAUAAUGCAAGGUAGUCAAAAAUAUUAUCGUGAUAUUUUAUGACAUUUACAAAAUAUUGGGAAUAUUAAACAAUAUGGUAAAAAUAUUGUAAGAUAAGUUUGCGCUGCCAGAGAAAAAGUAGCAUACAGAAAAGCAAAUGUCCCUUUCAUUAACUAGAGUUUAAUUGCAUAACUUCAUCCACUAUUCCCAUAACGAAAGAAUCCCGAUCUGGUGAUCAGCGUGGUUGCACUGACAAACUGCUCCGUAAUUUCUAAUUAUUUCAAUAAAACUUAUUUCCAAUGCACAACAUGACAUCAUACUUUAUUAGCAUGAUUUCCCCUCCCCCCCCCCAAAAAAAAGUUAUGUCUUACAACAGUAUGGUUGUCUGGACAAGUUUUAUGUAUUUCAUGUGAUGAUUCUUGGCUCUGUUUAUAUUAAUAGAACAUUAAAUUGUUGAGUAGAUGAACUGUCUUAGCUAAAGUCAAAGAUCACACUUGCUAAUCUCAACUAGAGACUUUUUUCGAGGAACCAAACCUUACAUCUGUUUUUAUCUACAAGACGAAAGGACUCGAAUCUUUCAGAUUUCUAAAGAUACAGAAAUUAUUAGAACAUUCUAGAACAAACGAGAAAUAACAGAAAGUAAAUCAAUAUAAAAAAUAUGCAAAUUUUUAGGCAAUUUGUCUGUAGUCAGAUACGAACUUGAGAAUUGUCGCUUUCAAUUCAUAGCAUUUUAUCACUGAGCCAUUUAGUCCCCACCAUGUUAGAACAAGUUUCGUUAGAAUAUUUAUUAUGUGUAUCAAAUUCUUGUGUCACACUUGCUUUCUUUUUUUCGUAUAUCUAUUUAACUCAAUUAAAUACAGUUAUAUCUCACUUAGUGAGCAUUUCCCAUAAUGAAGAAUUCGCAUAAAGGACAAAAAAAAUGUAUAAAAAUUGACUCUCUAAAACGAGCGAUGUAUCGCAGAAUGAUAACAAGAAGACAUGAUGACGUCACAUGUAGGAUUGAAUUGUAUCUCGGUUAUCAAAAUGCUUGUUUUAAGAAACACUUUAUUUCUUUAUGGAAGAAGCUUUGGCCAAACAGCAUUGUCGAAUGGGAGGUUUCAGCAUGUGUCUGAGAAAUUUUAAUCAACAAUAUUUUCUCUGGGCAUGAUUAUGCGAUUAGAGGUGAAAAACAACAACAAUGAGCUGGUGGAAGAACAUAAUCAGAACUAAGGAAGAGCAUAUGGAAUUGCAUUCUGCAUCACAAUAAAAAGUUGUGAAUGAAAUUAGGCCAAGAGGAGGGAAAAUAAUAACUUUAACACAGCAAAAGCCUUUCAGUGAAAUAAGGGAAUUGCUGAAAACGUGCAAAAUUAUUGCAUCGUUCAGUGAGAAGCAUCAUCCUAUCAGAUAAUAAUGAGUCCAAUUUUCACAAAAUUUUGAAGUGUAGUUCAAGACAAAUGCCUGUAGACAAUUUUCUUGUAAAAGAAAACACACAUUAUACACAAUAAACUAUACACCCUUGGUUUCAGAAUCCCAAGACUAACAGUUUUUGACAAUUUCACUUCACUAAGAGGUGGUACUCAGAAACGUAUGCAGUUAUUACAUUUCCUAAUUCCUCAAUUAAUCUGAGUUCACCCUAUUUCUAAAUGUAAACAUCUCCUCCUUACAUCUUUCCUCAAACUCCCUUUUUGACGAAAUAAGCACCUCCUGAAGUAUUUGCAAAAAUGUUCUGAAUCUGAGAAUGAGCAGUAAUUAUAAAGUUAUUUGAGUAUAUUUUUCGGAAUGGAAUGAAUCAUUUUAUUUUAUAUUCAUUCCUAAAGAAGAAAAAAAAAAACAUUUUUGCAAAAAGAAUAUUUCAAUACAAUUAAAAUUCAGAAACAAAUUAUGCUAGUUAAGUGAAGUUCCAUUGCUUUUCAUAAAGUUUCAUAUAAAAUACUGCAUAUCUUUUUCAUCACAAAAGAGAUUUAUUGUACAGAAAAUUUCAACAAUUUUAUUCAAUGCAGAAACCUUAGAAAUAAAAUGUGCAACUUUCAAAACAUUUUAAGGAUAUAAGAUUAUUGUAUCUGGCAUAUAUUUGUGUGCAUUUUGAUGCCUGUUACAUUGAUAAGUAAAUAGUUCGUAUCAUUAUAUGUGCUCAGAAAUAAUAUGUGCUCAUACAAUAAUAUGAGCAUAUAUCAUUAUAUGUGCUCAUAUUAUUGUAUAUGGCAUAUUUGUGUGCAUUUUGAUGCCUGUUACACAGAUGAGUAAAUAGUUCAUAUCAUUAUAUGUGCUCAGAAAUGAAAUUACUGAUGUAAUAAUUAAGGACCUGAACAAUUGUAUUUGUUUGUUCAUGCUUCAUCUUGUAUUAACAAAAGUGAAAUAUCAAU